AAGCCCUGGGCGGGUAUAUAUCAAGGGCCAACGAUGUGCUUCUCGAUCCUCACCAGCCUCGAAUUCACCCCGCAAUCUCAUCGACAACGUCUACUUCGAUAACACUAGUUAUUAUCCACCAACAUGAACGCCAACGCCAACGCCGUCUCUCGUAUUUCUACCGCCAUCGGCCACUGGCGUGGUGUCUCACAGACCUCGCUGGAUAUCGACGUUGAGGCACAGGCGAUUACUGGAUACCGUGCACCUUUACCUUUGCCAGCUGUUCCUGAACAAGCCCGUUCAGCCACUACGCCAACACGCACUCCUACUUCUGCAGAUGAGACGGCCCCCACCUCAGACCCCAUCGACGACUUCUUCGGUAUCACGCGUCCACGUGCUACAAGAGAGAGCAGACACGAUUCCUACCCGUCCGUAUCUUCUCGCGUAUCGGGUGUGAUUGCUAUGGAUGGGGAAGCUCCCCCUCCCUACGUGGAUGGUGCUAAGUUGCCAGCGUAUACCGUGGUGCCCAGUGAACCUGCCACGCUUGCAAUGUACCUGUUCAAAUUCGGAUUUUUAUUUCCACCGUUUUGGAUCCUCGGUGCUGUGAUUCUCCUCUCGCCACUCCACGCUCCUGCUGAAUUCGAGCCCACAAAACCUGAGGCCGAUCGCCAGGAAUUGAUACGCAUGAUCAGGGAUGCAGAGAUUAGGUGGGCGAAACAGUGUGCUUGGGCGCUGCUCGUUCUUGUGCUGGUGCUCGGCAUAAUGGCAGGGGUUAUCGUUGCAGUUGUGAAGAGCCCGUGAGAGGGUGCUUGAGGGGGGAGGACUUGAUCCUUCCUCUGCGCUAUUUCCCGCCCGCGCGCCCGUCUCGGUACUUGGCGUGCAACGAGUCAUCUGAACGGAUCGACCCCUGUUCGGUCGCAAUGCUCCCUCCGCCACUUCCCAUGUCAAGUGACGUUCCGGUGUGCUACGUCGCCUUACCCGCAAUACGUAUCUCUCGCCCUAAGCGCGUCACGCUCCUACUCUUGAAGCAUAGCUGGCGGUACCUUUAAUCACGACUACGCCGACUAUCGUCCCCCGUGGCGUGGGGCAUAAAAGCAAAGUCGUUCGCAUAGGCGCUGGUAUUAGAUACAUAGUGAGAUCUGUUCCUAGAAGAAAC